CCGUUCGCCGCGUCUCCGCCGGGACGGAGGAGUUCUCGCGAGUUUUCGGCGGGCAGGAGCGGUGGGCGCGGGGCGUGCCGGAAGGCGGCGCAGAUUUGAAGGUAGCGGCGGGUUGUGCCUGGUGGAAAUGGAGUUUUAGAUUCUGUGAGACGCUGAAAGUGAAGUGGAAUAAGCAGAUAAUUAUCAAACCUUUAUUUUGAAUUUCUUCCAAGAAGGGAAACCUGUAGAAAAUGCCACCUGGGAAAGUUCUACAGCCUGUACUGAAAAUGAAAGUGGAUGAACUCUUCUUGUGCUGGCUGAGUCAGCCUGCAACUCAGCUGAUGCUGAAGGACUGCUUGAAAAGAAUCAAGAAUGAGGGGAAAACUGAAAUUGGCAGUGGAGAUGCAGGAAACAGUGAAAAUGAGAGGUUCACAACUAAAAAUUCCAAUUCAAAGCAAAGCAUAUUAGGAGAUAUCAGGCUGCCUUUGAUGCCUUUCACUCCUCCUCAGCUUUCUACUUCUCUUCCUUUAGCAACUUCAACCAGCCUAAGGAAUGCAACUAAUGUUAAAGGAACACGUAGAUCAUCAGGAACCAGAGUAGUUCAGACAAAGAAGGAAGAAGCUUUGCCACCAUCGCUUAGUCAAACCAUUCCAACUUUCUAUUUUCCUCGAGGAUGUCCUAAGGAAAAAGUAAACAUAGAUGCUGUGAUUGCCAAAAUUGAGAAAACUUUCUCACAGUUUCCAAACGAGAGAGCAACUUUAGAUGACAUGGGGAAAGUUGCAAAGGCUUGUGAUUGCCCGCUCUACUGGAAAGGUCCUUUGUUUUACUGUGCUGGAGGUGAACGAACGGGAUACGUGUCAGUUCAUAAAUUUGUUGCAAUGUGGCGGAAAAUACUUCAGACCUGCUAUGAUGAUGCUGCAAAGUUUGUUCAUCUUCUAAUGAACCCUGGAUGCAACUACUUAGUGCAAGAAGACUUCAUUCCUUUUUUACAAGAUGUGGUAAAUAGCCAUCCUGGCCUGUCAUUUUUAAAAGAAGCAUCUGAGUUUCAUUCUCGGUACAUUACCACAGUUAUACAGAGAAUAUUUUAUACAGUAAAUAGGUCCUGGUCUGGGAAAAUCACUUGCAAUGAGCUCAGGAAAAGCAAUUUUUUGCAGAAUGUGGCAUUAUUGGAAGAGGAAGCUGAUAUUAACCAGCUGACAGAGUACUUCUCAUAUGAACAUUUUUAUGUUAUCUAUUGCAAAUUUUGGGAGCUGGAUACAGACCAUGACCUCUAUAUUGAUCGGAAGGAUUUAGCUCGACAUAAUGAUCAUGCAAUAUCAAAUAGAAUGAUAGAGAGGAUCUUCUCAGGAGCAGUAACAAGAGGUAGAAAAGCACAAAAAGAUGGAAAAAUUAGCUAUGCUGAUUUUGUCUGGUUUUUGAUAUCUGAAGAAGACAAGAAGACACCAACUAGCAUUGAAUACUGGUUUCGCUGCAUGGAUCUUGAUGGAGAUGGAGCUUUGUCUAUGUAUGAAUUGGAGUAUUUUUAUGAAGAACAGUGCCAAAAAUUAGAUAACAUGGCCAUAGAACCCUUGCCAUUUGAAGAUUGUUUGUGCCAGAUGCUGGAUCUUGUGAAGCCACAAUGUGAAGGAAAAAUUACUCUGCAUGAUUUAAAGAGAUGUAAGUUGACAAAUGUGUUUUUUGAUACCUUUUUCAACAUUGAAAAAUACCUCGACCAUGAACAGAAGGAUCAAUUUUCUAUUUUGCGGGAGAGUGAAGGUGAAAGUCCAGAGGUCUCUGACUGGGAGAAGUAUGCUGCUGAAGAGUAUGACAUCUUGGUAGCAGAAGAGGCAGCAAGUGACCAGUGGAAUGACGGAUACGAGGCUGAACUGAAUCCUGUAGACCACCAGAAGGCCAAUGUCCUGAAGUAUCAAAUGGAAAAAAGACCAUUUUUUGAAAUGCCUUCCCAUCUGGCUGAUGUAGACUUGGACGAAUACGACUACGAAGAGGACUUUGAGUAGCGGUUGCAGUCAUCACUUGCAGAAGAGAAGGGACAGUCUGCAGCAGGUCUGCUACACACCUCUAUGUUUCAGUGGGUUUUGGUUCCAGGAACUCAGCUUAGUUUUGUGCUAGAAGUAUUUAAUCACCAGACUACCUUUUCCAUAAAAGAAAUGCAUUUGUAUGGAAUGACGAAACUUUUUGUAUUUAUUCAAUACUCUCUAGUUUGUAAAAUAGAUUAAAAUAUUUAUUUACAGAUGUUGCGUAAUUCCUUCUUGGAAGAAUAACACUAUUUGACUCGAGGGUAAAUCUACUGUUUUUAAAACAACUCUGUACUUGUAAGUUGACGUGUGGUGCACUGACCAUCUCCAUCCCUUAUGUAAAUAGGUAUUCCUGUACUGCUAUGGGAGGGGAGGAGGCCAUGCACUGCCAGCCAGGUGUGCGUCUGUGCUCAUACAGCUUGUAGGGCUUUUCUGCCUUGCCAAGGAGGAGACGCCACUGUGAGCACGGGAUUCGUCUCUUUCUUACAGAUAGUUUCACGGGACAAGCUGGGCAUUUUGGUGCAUGAGGAAAACUAAUGCCAGAAACAAGUUGCUUCCCUUCUCUGCACAGUCCUUAUUUGCCUCAACUUUAACUUGCUUGGCCUUUUAAACUUCAGUGUUUUCGUUGACAUUCAUGAUAAAGAGACGAUUUAAUAGUGAAGUCUGUUCGUGUUCAUACUUGAUCCAAAAUGAGAGUGUUGAAUUCUUGUAGAAGGAACCAAUUUUUUAAAAAAUCCUUUGUAUAAAUGUUACCUGAUCAGUGAUGUGCACUAAUUUGUUGUGGGCAUUCAGUGCUUUUGUCUGUCCCUCCCCUUCAGUUGUUUGCUAUUGACACAUUCCAUGGAUAUUCAUUCAGUGUCACAGCAGCUUGAAAUUGUUGCCUCACUGUUAAACAGAUUGUGUUGGGAAAAAAAAUGGACAGAAAGAUGUAAGUUAUUUUUUGGUUGCAGUGUAGAUCUGCUUAAAGUGUUUUAAAAUCAUGUUUGUAUUUGCAAAUAAAGAUUUUCAUACAUGUAAUGUAAUGGUUCUAAUUAAUGUUAUGUACUACAUAUAAUUAACUUCCUAUUAAAUACCUUAAAUGGUUCUUGUGAGUUACAAAUGUAUGCAGUCUGGUUAGAUAAUUACACCAAGCUGCAUAUUCAGAGCAAUUGAGCUCUAGCAGCCUUUUCUCAUCCCAGAGGUGGUGAUGCUGAACAGCUGCAUGUGGGACAGAGAUCUGCUCUGCUCAUCACACACCCUCACCCAGAGCCCUGCAGCCCUGUGCAGCUUCAGUAAUGACAGCAAUCAGCUCCUGCCUGUAGUCAGCCUGACCAGGGCAGAGCAGCCCACUUCAAUACUGCUCUGAGGAGUUUCAAAAACUAAACCUCUGGGCUACUAUUGCAAUCUUUACAGAACCUUGCAUGUCCCAUUUCAGAUUUCUCAAAAUGUUUGAUAGAUACUUUCCUGUCGCUACACCCCUGUAAUUUUGGGCUUUAAAACAGUAAAGAGCAAGACCAAAGGAUUCAAGCUCUGCUCCCUGAAGUUGCCAUGAGGAAGGGCUCUUUUAGAAGAUAAUCCUGAGCUUGUGUUGCUGUUCAGAGAUUGUGGCAUUCUGCUUUGCUCCGCUUGAAAUCCUUCAGCUGGAAGCCAGUUUCUUACAACCACUCAUCCACAGGCACCAACAGAGGAGGCCUCUCUGACCACAUUUCUCUACCACACAGCAUCAUUUUCUCUGCAAAGGCUGUAGCACCGAAGCUAUUAUUGCUACUUUGUGGUUAAUGAGUUGCCUCUUUAUCCCUGCUCUCCAUUACACUUCUGCUAUUCAGUCCCCUCUUUUCCUAAUAGUCUAAUGGAGCAAAUCAUGGCAUCACAGUAGAAAUACCUUUUCUUGCAAUACCCUGAAUUGUACCUUCCAUGAAUAACAAUGGUUAAUGUGGUUUAUUUUACACAGUUACAAUCCAAAAUAUAUAGAGAGUGUAUAUAUAUAUAUAUAUAUAAAAAAUAAAGCUGAUGGAUUAAUGCAGCAUGCAGUUCCACAGAGCAGCAAAGCAACAAAAAAAAAAUCCCCAGCCUCCUCCCUCCAACCAACUCGUGUGAAGAUCAUUUCCAAACUCUUAAUGGAAACAUGAUGAUGAAUGGUCGUAUUUACAGCCCAUUUAUUUACAUUAUCUUUUCACGCUUUUCAUUUUCCAAGUAAACACCCCAUGAUUACAGUGUAUGGAGAAUUUAUUCCAGAGGAAAAUACUCAGCUGGUCCGCUGUUGUUUUCUUUGUUGCUACAAGUCUUGAAUCAAGUCUC